AUGAAAGUCUUCCCCGCACUCACCCCGGACCUCACGGCCUGGGCGCUCCGCCAGCCCGUCUACUUCGUCGCCACGGCGCCCACGCACGGCCGGCACGUCAACCUCUCGCCCAAGGGCCUCCCGUCCACGACGCUCGCGGUCCUGGGCCCAAAUCGAAUCGCCUACGUCGACCGGACCGGGUCCGGGUGCGAGACCAUCGCGCACCUGUACGAGAACGGCCGCGCCACCGUCAUGUUCAUGUCCAUGGGCCCGUCGCCCAGGAUCCUCCGCCUCUACUGCCGCGCCCGCGAGGUGGUCGAGUGGGGCGUGGACGAGGCCCGGUUCGUCGAGCUGCUGGCCGGCAUGGGGCGUGGGGGGUUCGAGAUGCCCAAGUCGCCGCGCGCUAUCGUGGUGUUGGACGUGUGGAAGGUCACGACGGCGUGCGGGUACGGCGUGCCCAUGGUGAGGCGGGCGCUGUACGCCGGAAGCGAGGAGAACAAGGAGGAAGGGGGAGAAAGGAAGCAGCUGCUGGACGAGACGUCCGUGUUCGAGGACAGGUCGACGCUGGACACGUCGGCGGCCAAGAAGGAAGAGGGCGGCGAGUGGAUCCGCUACCAGCGCCAAAACAAUGCCUACAGCCUCGACGGCCUGCCCGGCCUAAGGUCCGCGAGGCGCGGGACGGCGCUGGGCUUGUGGCUCGCCCAGACGCGCGUGCGCGUGGCGGCGCAGAGGGAGGGCUUCGUCUUCGGGCUGGUGUUGGGCUUGGUGCUGGCGCUGCCGGCGUUGGCGCUGGCGGCGGCGGCGGGAGGAGGAGGGGGGUUCUCGGUGCUGCUAGCUGGUGGUGCUGGGCGCGGCUAG